AGUUGCCGCCGCAGCCAGCGCCCGAGAGUCGUCCGCCUUCUCGUCGUCCAACCUGGAGAGCUCGGGCAGAACCCCAAUCGAGCACGCCGGACGCCGCCGCCCUCGGCUUGCCCUCUUCCGCACGGCAGCUCACCUAUAAAACCCAGGGAAGAUUCCCCGUGUGCCCCCGUAUCGAUUUUGCCGAAAGCUGAUGCCUCUCCCGUGCCCUAGCGCCACCACGCCCCCCUCCCUCGAGCACGAAACCUUAGCGCCGCCCGGACCGCGACACAUGGCUAGGUGGCGGCCGGCGAUGCUGCUGGUACUGGCAGUGGCGCUGGUGGCGGCCGCGGGGUGGCGGGCGGACGCUCUGUCGGUGACGGUCACCGACACCACCGAGUGCAUCCACGAGUUCGUGCCCUACGAGGGCGACAGCGUGACGGGCAACUUUGUCGUCGUCGACCACGACAUCUUCUGGAGCUCCGACCACCCCGGCAUCGACCUCAUGGUAACUUCACCAGGCGGUAACACUGUAUAUACGUUGAAGGGAAAAUCUGGUGAGAAAUUUGAGUUUAAAGCUCCAAGGGGUGGAAUGUACAAGUUUUGUUUCCAUAAUCCAUAUGGAGCAUCUGAAACUGUUUCUUUCUACAUUCAUGUUGGGCACGUACCUAACGAGCACAAUCUGGCAAAAGAUGAGCACUUGGACCCUACCAAUGUGAAAAUUGCGGAGCUGAAAGAAGCAUUGGAAUCUGUCACUGCUGAGCAAAUGUACCUCAAAGCGCGUGAGGCUCGUCACCGACACAGUAGCAAUCUGGUUGUUGAGGAGGAAGCCAUGAAGAAGAGGUUCGAGGAGUGGAUGGCCGAGUAUCAUCGCACAUACAAGGACGAAGAGGAGAAGGUGCAGCGCUACGAGCUAUUCAAGGACUGUGCCAAAAUAGUUGACAAGUUGAACGCGUUGCCGGAUAGAGUGACCUACAAAACAAACGACUUCUGCGACCGUUCCUCGGAAGAGAUGCGCUGUUACACAGGGGGCUAGGCCACUGUGAUCGAUGCCAUCGGUGAUGGCAAGGAAGUGACUCUUAUGGCAGGAUAAAAAGGGCACUUGUUGUAGUUUAAUUAAUACUCCUUAUAUAUUUGCUUUGAUUAGAAUUCGCUAUAAUGGCAGAACCUUAUUUACGCAAGACAAUAGAAGAUAAAAGAUAACUGCAAA